AUGGUUCUUGUCAAGAGCUUCGUGCUCACAGGCCUUGCUGCCGUUGUGGCCGCAAAGUCUGCUGUCCUUGACCUCAUCCCGUCCAACUUCGACAAUGUUGUCCUUAAGUCGGGCAAGCCUACUCUUGUCGAGUUCUUCGCCCCCUGGUGCGGGCACUGCAAAAACCUUGCUCCUGUAUAUGAGGAGCUAGCUCAGGCUUUCGCUACUUCUAAGGAUGUUCAGAUUGCCAAGGUUGAUGCGGAUGCAGAGAAGGAUUUGGGAAGGAGAUUUGGAGUACAGGGCUUCCCUACUCUCAAGUGGUUCGACGGCAAGAGUGACAAGCCAACUGAUUACUCGGGUGGCCGAGACCUAGAAAGCUUGACCAAGUUCAUUACGGAAAAGAGUGGUGCUAAGGCUAAGAGGAAGUUGGAAAUGCCUAGCCAGGUGAACAUGUUAACAGAUGCUACCUUCAAGGAGACCAUUGGAGGUGACAAGAACGUAUUGGUUGCAUUCACCGCUCCGUGGUGUGGUCACUGCAAAGCUUUGGCUCCCACCUGGGAAACUCUCGCUGAGGACUUCAUCAACGAACCUAGCGUUGUUAUCGCUAAGGUUGAUGCCGAGGCCGACAACAGCAAGGCAACCGCCAGUGAGUACGGCGUUACCUCUUACCCGACCAUCAAGUUCUUCCCCAAGGGCUCGACCGAACCCGAAGCCUACUCGGGCGGCCGAACCGAAAAGGACCUUAUCGACUUCAUCAAUGGGAAGGCUGGUACUCACCGUGUCCCUGGUGGCGGUCUUGAUGCGACCGGCGGUACCAUCGACGCCCUGAACCACAUUGCUCUGAAGUACGCUGCUGGUACUGAGAAGCUGGCUGAUCUUGCGGCCGAAGCUAAGAAGAUCGCCGCCGAUUUCGCUGAAGAUGCUCAAUACAAGUACGCUCAGUACUACCUCAGGGUGUUCGACAAGCUGUCGCAGAAUGAGGGUUACGUUGCUAAGGAGUCGGCCCGCUUGGACGGCAUCAUCAGGAAGGGCGGUCUAGCUCCCUCUAAGUUAGACGAGCUACAGAGCAAGACCAACAUCCUCAAGCAAUACACACAGCAAGCUGCCGAGAAGGUUGCGGAGAAGGUGGCGGGCAAGGAUGAGCUAUAG